UGACUCAUGACUCCUCCCACUGGUCUCACUUCUCAUUAUGUCCGGGUGCUGAGGUUUUUUAGUUCCUAGAGGCUGGACUUUUAGCUAGCUCAACAUACAUACACAUAAUUUAUCUCUUUUGUCGUUGCAGGGGCUUUAAUUCAUAACUGAAUCAUGGCAGUGAACACAGGAACCUCUCUAGUGCUGUCCAGUCUGCUGUCAGUGCUGGUGUUUGCUGGGAUGCAGAUGUUCAGUAAACAGCUGGGAUCUACUGAGUGGCUCACCAUCCUUGGAGGUUUCCUGGGCUCAGUCCUCUUUAUCUGCUCCCUCACCGCAUUUAAUAAUCUGGAAAACUUGAUUUUUGGGAAGGGAUUUCAAGCCAAGAUAUUCCCAGAGAUCCUUGUGUGCCUGUGCCUGUCACUGUUUGCCUCUGGUCUGGUGCACCGUGUUUGUGUCACCACAUGCCUGAUAUUCUCUCUCUUCGCCCUGUACUACAUCAACAAAGUAUCUGCAGCUCUCUACCAAGCCGCUGUUCCCACAGCGACACCAGCCAAAGCAGCCAGCAAAGGAAAAAGGAAGAACUGAUCAAACUGUUCAGCCCAUCUGCAACCAGUAAACGAGUCAAUAUUACACAAGUGCUAAUGGCCACUACAACACAGCGCUAGCAUAUUUUUGUAUAAUCUCUUAAAUACAAAAAAAUCCCUUGUUGUAUUUGUCCAGGCUUCUAAAAGUCUGUAACCAGUAUGUCAUCAAAGUUCUGUUUUAUUUUAUCUUAUAUUUUUUUAUUCAAAUUUGAACAAUGGAGAAAUACCGCUGGUAUUAGACAUUCCAAUAUUUUGCUUUGCCUUUGCUCUGUUUUUACACUACUGGCUGCAAAGAGAUUCAAAGAUCCCAUCAUGUUAUUUGUGUAUUCAUCAGUACACCAAGUUUCUUUUUUGUCGUUUAAUUCAUUUUGUAAUUAAACUCUUUAAAAGAC